AUGAGUGAAGAGUGGAUGAAGGAGUUUGAGAAGGAUUGUCCGGACGGUUUCCUGAGAGAAGACGAGUUUGUGGCCCACUACAGCGACUACUUCUCGGCAGGCAACCAGCGGCGGAAGGAAGCUCUAGCCAAGCAGAUCUUCCGGACAUUCGACAAAGAUGCCAGCGGGUGUGUAGACUUUUGGGAGUUCAUGUGCGGAAUGAGCGCCCUGCUGCGUGGCACCACGGUAGAGAAGUUGAAAUGGGCCUUCAGUAUGUACGACUUGGAUGGGAACGGGUACAUCUGCACCACAGAGCUCCUCAAUGUGCUGAAGCUGAUGCACGAACUUCGCUACCCAAGCGCCACAGAGGAAGAACUUGAAAAGGUGCAAGCCCCGCUGGAAAAGGUGCGGGACCGUGUUUUUAAUGAGCUGGACCGGGACGGAGACGGGCGGCUGGAGCUGCGGGAGUUUGUGGAGGGCGUCAGGAAGAACCCUGCCUUACUCAAGAUGGUGGAGGAGGGCGGAGACGACGACUGCACCGUGCAGAGACUAAAAUAAAAACUGGUUUUGACUGGACUAUCCUCCUACGCAGGGACAUCCAACAGCGAAACCGCCUGACUGGAUGUACCCUGCUCUUUCAACCGUCACCAUUAGUUCCUGACCGCCCUGCUUAUGAAUAUUAAUGAGCUUACCCUUAUCCCUUUUGAAAACUGAAAGGUCUAUUCUCUGACUGGCUGACAGGUGGUUUGGGGGGGCAGGGGCGUCCACAGGAACUAAGAAUGACGGUUCAAAGAGCAGGGUACAUCCAGGCAGGCGGUUUGCUGUUGGAUGUCCCUGCGUAGGAGGAUGGAUUUGACAAAUUUUAACAAGACUGUAACACUACUUCUUCUUCAUCCGAGGUAACUUAUAUCCGCUAGGAAUUUACGGUCAGGGGUGUCAAGUUGACAACGGUGAUUUCAAAAUUUUGAAAAUAAUUGCAGCUUGAUAUGACAACGUAUAUAACGUUAGUUUCCCCCAAUGUUUAGUGAACAUAUCGCAACGGAUAUUGGCUAUGCCGCGGAUAAAGGUAGACCUAGCAUUACUACCAGCAUGUAUCAAAGUUCAUACAGAUGAGCGUGUACAUUACAUUACUAGUAUGUGACAAUUAAACAAGCUGUUCUCCAACUAAAAACAAAACAAAACGUCACCGGAAUCUAGUCUUCUUCAGAUGUCUGAUCCAAUCGCUCAGAACACGUGCCCUUAUGUACGUGUGACGUCAGCAAUGGGUCAAAGGUCGUUGGAAGUCGAUAUCGCCUCCCGGUGAGAAAGUUAGUCCGUGAAAAUUCCGGUGAAUCGAUUUUGCUUGAGUUGCGGAACAGUUUUAGAAAUUGUUCCAAAUGGUUGUUCUACCAUUGAAUAUUGUCAUUCUUCGACCUCAGUCUAUUGUUGCAAUCAAUUAUUGAUAAUCAAGCAAUAUUCAAUUGAUCUGCCAGUGACCUGAUAUAAUUGCUAUAAUCGUGUCAUUUUUUGUACGUAAGUUCUACAGUAGGAACUAUGAUAUGACAAAUGGAUAUAUGAUAUUUGUAUCCCAAUGAAAAACCCGAUGUGCAAGUGACUUAGGGUAACCUAAAAAGUGUCUUCUUCCAAUGGGGGUCCUGUUUUAUCUGUGUUUGUGUGUUCGCAGCUGUAACCCAAAAUCCUGUUUUAUCUGUGUUUGUGUGUUCGCAGCUGUAACCCAAAAUCCUGUUUUAUCUCACAGUGUUUGUGUGUUCGCAGCUGUAACCCAAAAUCCUGUUUUAUCUGUGUUUGUGUGUUCGCAGCUGUAACCCAAAAUCCUGUUUUAUCUCACAGUGUUUGUGUGUUCGCAGCUGUAACCCAAAAUCCUGUUUUAUCUGUGUUUGUGUGUUCGCAGCUGUAACCCAAAAUCCUGUUUUAUCUCACAGUGUUUGUGUGUUCGCAGCUGUAACCCAAAAUCCUGUUUUAUCUCACAGUGUUUGUGUGUUCGCAGCUGUAACCCAAAAUCCUGUUUUAUCUGUGUUUGUGUGUUCGCAGCUGUAACCCAAAAUCCUGUUUUAUCUGUGUUUGUGUGUUCGCAGCUGUAACCCAAAAUCCUGUUUUAUCUCACAGUGUUUGUGUGUUCGCAGCUGUAACCCAAAAUCCUGUUUUAUCUGUGCUUGUGUGUUCGCAGCUGUAACCCAAAAUCCUGUUUUAUUUGUGUUUGUGUGUUCGCAGCCGUAACCCAAAAUCCUGUUUUAUCUGUGUUUGUGUGUUAAUCGUAGCUGUAACUCAAAAUCCUUUUGAAGGGUUUGUUUGAAUUUUCCUUGGCAUAUUGGUACAGUUGAUAAUGAUGUCCAACGGAACAUUGUGACAAUUUUGGACAUAGGUGCAGUAUGUUCAGGUAAACGUAGAACAACACCCCAUCUAGAAAGUUGUGUUGGUAUUAUUCUAUAAUCUGGAAAUGGUAAACAAAGGAUUCUGAAAGAUGCACUUUGUAAUUUUGCCACAUCUACAGCAGCCAACAAAAGCGCAAUAAUUCUGAUAAGUGUAAAAUGUGUUUGCUAAUUCUGUCUUCGAAAUAAAAUGAAAAAAAUAAAAAAUCAUGUGUGCCCUUGUAGCAUUAUAUACUUCUUACAAUAUAAAUGUUAUGUAGAAAUUCACACAAUAAUAAAAGAGACCAUUGUUGUAGAAAAGGUGCAAAGUAUAUUGCAGAGAGACUUUGCCAAACGGGCAGAUACAGUACAAUUAGGCCACAAUGCAUCACAAUGGUGCAUGUGCACCUGUAACUGUGAUUUGGCUUAUUAUAACCCAGAUGGUCUACAGUUCCUUAUACAGUGAAACAGUCAAUACACAUGGUGUCAAGACUAGUCGCAUUUGUACAAUGUGUUUCAAUAUAUAUAAUAUACAAUAUAUAUUCAUAUUCUAUAUAUACUCACCACUUACGAUGUUGAUAGUCAAGUUGUAUUAUGAAGUAUUAUGUCGUAUACAACACUAUGAUAUUGUACAGUCAUGUUUCUGGUGAGAGUGUAUAAAGCGUUUUACACGUUCAUCCACUGAAAUUGUUACACGUGCACAAAGGAGUAUGGAAAAUGAUAUCAAUAAGCAAUACAAACUACUAGGCACAGCACACUGACAUACAAUUUUUCCAACAUUUUUCCUUGACAGAACACCUUAUAAAUUAAUACAAUGUAUGAACUUGCAGUUGGUAUUUUGUAUCUCUGUUAAAGAAGUAGGCAAAUCUAAACCACCUUUGCAGCAUCUCAUAUAAAAAGGUAUUAAUUUCAUAGUUAAAUGCAGCAAACUUUUAAACUGACGGGUUAUAUGUUUCAUAAAAUGUGCUAGAAUAUAGAAACAGUAAACAAUGUUCAUAAUACUGGCCUGAAACACACAAAAAUACUUUACGAACUAGCAAAUUACUAGACCAAGAUUUACUCUCCACUUGCUACAGCCUGAAUACAAUUAAUACAAUGUAUUUAUGCAUCCUUAGCUUUACGGUGGUCUAAGUAUGUAGUACUAAGUAAAUUAUACAGGAUAGAAAAGGGUUUCUGCUUUUCACUUUACUUUGACUUCCAAGUUUUAAGUCAAAUUACAUUACUACAGAAUAGAUUGUCAUGUCAAACAGCUAUUUCACGAGCAACACAGAAUAUGAAAUAGCAAGAAUAUUGAAUAAUGAAGGCAACAUUUGGUGGACACAUUCAUAAUGCUAUAUGAUAUCAUACAAUAGAUGAACAUGUACAUGAAAAAUAUCAUAUCUGACAUUUAAGACGACAUCUAUCAUAGGUUUGUAUAGAAAUGUUGGUACAUGUAUAACAUUUCACGGAGAUACCUUCCAUUUUUUUAGCAUUUGACUUUGUGUAACUUGUAAUUUCACAAUUUGGAGUAUUUUUUCAACACACACCUUAUAUCUUCACCAUACAAAUUAUAAUCCACAAAAGUAAAGGUUUUCAGUUUUGCUGUUGUCAUUUUGCACUGAUCGAUCAAGUCAAUGUCAUUUUUAUGUACUAGUAUUUAGCUUGAGUGUAUGUAACAGUUUACAAUAUAUUAAUAUUAUUGCAAGUAACACAAAACACCAAAAAAAACUGCCUAUUCAACACAUGUCAAACCUUUGAGAGAAUGAAAUUUCACAUUUAGCAUUUCUGCUACGUUACAUCAUAAAAUGUAAUACAACACACCA